GGAAGAGAACAGGCCCUUAGAGCCCACAAUUUAGAAUAUAAACCCGGUUUCCAAUUUGGGAGUUGAGGAUUUGAGACUCCGUUUGUUUUUAUGAAAUUUAAUUUUUUGAGAAAAUGAUUCUCUAUUUCUACACUUAAACGAACGAUUUCCCUAGAAAUUGUUUAAUUAUAAACUUAUUCCCUAAUUGCGUCGGUUUUAAAACUAAUUUCCAUAGUUACUGUCCACGUAGGAUCGGGUGCCUAUUUAAAAAAAAUAAAAUAAACAUUAAAACCGCUAAUGAUGUUUGCGGUUUUACAACUUAAACCGUUGUUAAUGGUAGCGGUUCUAUUUAAAAUAUACUUACCCAAUCUUCUUUCCUACUUCAAUAUGUCGAUUAAAAUACUAUUAUAAACCCCCACCCAAAAAAAAAAACACAGAGCAACGAUCAUUCAUAGAAAACGAUCACCACGUACCUCUCCUCUACGGCGUUUGACGACCUCCGGCGACCACCGACUUCUCACCACCGAUAUUACACUCCGCCGCGGGAAGAAUUCUUCACAAUCGUGUUUUAACUUUAAUUGCAAGAGGUCAAAUGGUCCACUCGGGCCCUCUUGAUCAUUCCGUUCUUAUUUAUCAGGAGGAUCAUAGGAGUGAGGAUGUGUGGAAGGGGGUGGCACGAAGGGAUAAGGUACUGUCUUGUAGGGAGCAUUUGUUUUCUUUGACUCGAGAUUGGGUAGUAGAUGAUCGAAUGCUAAGUUAUGUUAAGCAAGCAGGCUUCUAUGGAGUGCACAGAUUACGAUGUUCUGUUGGAAUUGAUCGACCCCUCAUUACUGCUUUGGUGGAGAGGUGGAGACAAGAGACGCAUACAUUCCAUUUGACAGUUGGUGAGGCAUUGACCCUUUAGCUUGCAGUUGGUUACGUGUAUACUUUACGCGUGUGGAAUCAGCUAGUGGUGGCCUUUCAUAUUAUAGGGAUGCAUUGGAUCACCAAACUGAUGAGCAGAUGACAUGGCAGCCGUAUACGGAGGAUAUUCUUUCUUUACUUCCGGAUAUAUGUCGAAGCGAUAGACAUGUGUGGCGUACUUGCUCACCACUAAUAUGCUUUGACAUUGUUGAGUAUCAUCUACUCGAUCGAGUGAUGCGUCAGUUUGGAUUUAACCUAACUAUCCCUCUUCCGUGUAGCACAAGUGAUUCACUUCAUUGUAUUGAUCGUAGAGGUGCAAAAAACAAAAAUUAUGUCAAGAUCCAUGCCAAGUAUUUAGAAGAAUGGAAUAAGCGGGAGGAUAGAGUUGUUAGUGACACUUUUGCUAGGGGUCAAACAGCAACACUGGAUGCCUAUUUAUCUUGGUAUAGGACAAUAACAAAGCUUAUUAUCACUCCGCCGGACCAAGAACGUCCUUCAAUUAAAUAUCAGCCCGCUACUAAUGAAUUUGUGCUUUCUGAAACAGUCGCUGAAGUGGUGAGCAAGUGCACUCAUGUGGAAGAGACUACUUUCGAUUUGCCUUACGACAAAGCUUUGGAGUUAGCAAUGCACACCUUACGAAGCUUAGCAAGUUCCUGCACCGAGACCUUACAUAAAGUUGGCAAAGCAUACAUGCUCCACGAUCUAGGUGUCACUACUUCCACUGCCACUCCUACUUCUACUGCUGCCACUCCUACUGCCACUCCUGUUUCUACUACUUCUACUCCUAUUACUACCACUCCUCCUCCUCCUCAAUGUACUCCUCUUCUUCCUCCUACCUCACCACUUACUUCUAUCAUAUCACCAUAUACUACACUCAGCCCAUCUUCAUUGUCUUUGAUUUACGAGUCUCCUCCUCCUCAAUCUAGUACUCCCCUACUGCCAUUAACCUACAAGAGACGCUCACGCACCACGAGCUCUACUAUUUCAGAGCUAUCACCAAUCACAGAGGUGGAUGAAUAUUCAUUUGGAUCGUCGGAACAUCUUUCAAAGAAGCAUCGUGGAUCCUAGGUGUUAGAUAGCUAGUUAGACGCAAUUUUUUGGUCUACAUUUAUAUGUAUGUAACAUAUGAUUCAUAUUUAAAAUUAUGUUUAGUUGGAGAAAUGCAUAUGGUCUUUUGAUAUGUAUAUAUUCAACCGGAUAAUCUAUGCAAAUGAACUUUGUCUCUGAGGAAUGAAAUUUUUGUUGGUUUGUGACA